GCAGGGUUGAAUGAGUAUACUUCAGUGAAGUCCAACAAAGGGAGAGAGAGGUUCUAAAUGGCUUCCAGAGCAAAGAGACAGAAUGUAGGGGACCAGCGUAGUCUCCCUGAGCUGAGAAUCAUCCUCCUGGGGAAGGAUUGGCUGGAGAAGAGUCAAACAGGAAACACCAUCCUGGACAGGAAGCUGUUUGACACCAGGAGGGACGUGGAGAUGUGUGUGAGGAGACAGAGUCUAGUGAACGGCCGGCAGGUCACUGUGGUCAACACACCAGACAGAUGCAUCCAGUACUCCGUGCAGGACCCUCUCCUUGUCCACCGUAACAUAGAAGCCAGUAUGUCCAUGUGUCAACCAGGCCCCCAUGUCUUCCUCAUGGUCAUCCCUUUGAAACCACGCAAAGGCAGGGAAUGGACAGUAGAGGGUCCCCUCAAGCUUUUAAACCACACAGUCUGGAGACACAUUAUGGUGGUGUUUACCAGAUGUGAGAAACUCAGGGGAAUGUCACUAGAGGAUCACAUAGCGAGACAUGGGUUUCUCCAGGAGAUGGUGGGGAAGUGUGGGCAUAGGUACCAUGCUUUAAACACUAAGGCCAACACAUGGUGCGAUGAUGUCACUCAGGUCCCAGAGCUGCUGAGGAAGAUAGAUAAAAUGGUUUUCAAUGGCAAUUGA